GACCUGCUUUCCUUCUCAUACCACUCUUCUAUACCAUCUUUGCAGCCCUCUGCUGUCUCUUAUCUGUCUCGCACAUUUCAAUCAUGUCGUCAACACAAGUACAAGCUAGCGUCUUGCACGGCGCAAAAGACCUCCGCAUCGAACCUCGCAAUGUCCCGGCCCCGUCAGAGCAUGAAAUCCAAGUAGCCGUCCACAGCACCGGUCUUUGCGGCAGCGAUCUCCACUACUACAACCACAACCGCAACGGCGACAUCCUCGUCCGCGAACCCUUGACUCUCGGCCAUGAAUCUUCCGGUAUCGUCACAGCAGUCGGCUCCUCGGUCUCAAACUUCUCCCCCGGCGACAGAGUAGCCCUCGAAGUCGGUGUUCCCUGCGACCACUGCCAUCGCUGUGAAGAGGGCAGAUACAACAUUUGCAAGGACAUGAAGUUUAGAAGUUCUGCAAAGAGUUUCCCACAUUUCCAGGGUACACUGCAGGGACGCAUCAACCAUCCUGCCAAGUGGUGUCAUAAGUUGCCCGAGGGCAUGAGUAUGGAGUUGGGCGCUUUGUUGGAGCCGCUGGGUGUGGCUAUCCAUGCCUACAGACGCAGUCUGAUGAAGCCUGGCAUGACUGCUUUGGUCUUUGGUGCUGGCGCUGUGGGUCUUCUCGCCGCUGCUGUUGCAAAAACGAAAGGUGCAAAGACCAUCAUCAUUGCGGAUAUUGACGCUGGAAGAGUCGACUUUGCCGUCAAGAAUGGCUUUGCCCACCAUGGCUUUGUCGUGCCAAUGAAGAGAGGAAAGGACACAGAGGAGAAUCUCGCCAUUGCUCGCGAAACAGCAGACGGCGUGGCUAAAGUCGCCGAUGACUCUGGCAAUGCAAUCGGCGAAGUCGACGUCGUCUUUGAAUGCACUGGCGUACCCACUUGCGUACAAGCAGGCAUCUACGCAACAAAACCAGGCGGUCGCGUAAUGCUAAUUGGUAUGGGCGUCCCUAUCCAAACCCUCGCCAUGUCCGCCGCCGCCCUCCGCGAAGUCGACCUUGUAGGCGUCUUCCGCUAUGCAAACACAUAUCCCGAAGGCAUUGAAAUCGCCACCUCGGCCUCAGCACCCGAUCUCUCAAAACUUGUAACCCACAAGUACAAAGGCUUGGAGAGCUGUCCAGAUGCUUUCGGAAUGGCUGGACGCACCAAAGACGAUGCAGGGAAAUUGGUCCUCAAGGUUGUCAUCGAGACUGCUUGAUUCUUUUCUGAGAGAGCAAAAGCUGAUGUUUCCUUGUGGCGCCCAAAGGUCAUUAUUGAUACUAGUGGUAUCGAGAGAGCGAGACUGUAAAAGGACAGCAUCGAUGAAGGCAUUUUGGCGUUGGAGCCUCUU